UUUUUGCAAAGAAAAAGAGCAAGUUGAGGUUUCCAUGUGUUUAAACUGGCAGUCUUAUUCCUCUCCAUCUCUUCCUCCUCCCCCCAUCUCUCUCCUCCCCCCAAUUCCUUUCCUCCAGUCCCAGUUUAAUUUGCUAAACAACAGCAUGGAUCAGAGCACUGACAGCCGGGCCACCUCCUCCAGCCCUUACAGCUCCGAGCACGCCUCCAAUGUCCCGACACUCUCCCCUUACUCCCAGCCGAGCUCCACCUUCGACACCAUGUCCCCUGCGCCUGUCAUCCCAUCCAACACCGAUUACCCGGGCCCGCAUCGCUUUGAGGUGACCUUCCAGCAAUCGAGCACGGCUAAAUCUGCAACCUGGACGUAUUCCCCAUUGCUCAAGAAGCUCUACUGUCAGAUUGCAAAGACGUGUCCCAUCCAGAUCAAAGUGUCGACGCCUCCUCCUCCAGGGACCGUCAUCCGAGCCAUGCCUGUCUACAAGAAGGCCGAGCAUGUGACGGAAGUGGUGAAGCGGUGUCCAAACCAUGAGCUCGGGCGCGACUUCAACGACGGUCUCUCAGCUCCUGCAAGCCACUUAAUCCGCGUGGAAGGGAACAACCUCUCUCAGUAUGUGGAUGACCCUGUCACUGGGAGGCAAAGUGUGAUGGUUCCUUACGAACCACCUCAGGUUGGUACCGAAUUCACCACCAUCCUCUACAACUUCAUGUGCAACAGCAGCUGCGUGGGAGGGAUGAACAGGAGACCCAUCCUCAUCAUCAUCACCCUAGAGACCAGAGAUGGACAGGUCUUGGGGCGGAGGUCUUUUGAGGGCCGGAUCUGUGCCUGCCCCGGCAGAGAUCGGAAAGCGGAUGAGGACCAUUACCGAGAGCAGCAGGCCCUGAACGAAAGUGCGGCAAAAAACAGCAACCCAAACAAACGGACUUUCAAGCAGAGUCCUCCAGGCAUUCCAGCACUGGGGGCUGGGAUGAAGAAACGGAGGCAUGGGGAGGAGGAGACGUAUUACGUCCCUGUGCGUGGCCGAGAGAACUUUGAGAUCCUGAUGAAGAUCAAGGAGAGUCUGGAGCUGGUGGAGCUGGUUCCCCAGCAGCUGGUCGACUCUUAUCGUCAGCAACAGCAGCAGCUCUUGCAACGCCAGACUCACCUUCAGCCUCCUUCAUCCUACGGCCCGGUUCUUUCGCCGAUGAACAAGCACCAUGCUGGCGGGAUCAACAAGCUGCCAUCUGUCAACCAGCUUGUAGGGCAGCCUCCACAACACAGCUCUGGGGCUGGACCAACCAUUGGGCCAAUGGGACCAGGAAUGCUGAACAGUCAUGGCAUGCAGUCCAAUGGAGAGAUGAAUGGUGGGCACUCCUCACAGUCCAUGGUCUCUGGGUCGCAUUGCACUCCCCCUCCGCCCUACAACCCAGACCCGAGUCUCAUCAGUUUUUUAACAGGUUUGGGGUGCUCAAACUGCAUUGACUAUUUCACUUCACAAGGGUUACAGACUCUUUACCACCUGCAGAACUUAACCCUAGAGGAUCUUGGAGCACUGAAGAUCCCAGAGCAGUACCGGAUGAUUAUCUGGAGAGGCCUCCAGGAACUGAAACAAGGCCACGAUUACGGAGCGCAGCAGCUCAUCCGUUCCAGCAGCAAUGCCUCCACCAUCUCCAUCGGCACGUCUGGUGAGCUGCAGCGGCAACGCGUCAUGGAAGCGGUGCACUUCCGCGUGCGCCAUACCAUUACCAUCCCAAACCGCAGUGGGGCUGAUGAGUGGGCAGACUUUGGCUUUGACCUGCCGGACUGUAAGUCCCGCAAACAGUCCAUCAAAGAGGAGUUCUCAGAGGGAGAAAUCAACUGAGUUAUCUCUAUUGGAGCAUGGCAACCGACAAACUAAAGGCUGAAACUAAACGGGACCUGAAAGGUAUUUGGCACAGUAGCCAGGUGGAACGAGCCUUUGGGUAGCCACCGAAAAGGUGUUUUUUUUUCUCAGAGCUUUGGGGCAGAAAGUUAUGGUUGUGCCCUGGAGCGUUAACACAGUCCUUUGCUACGUACCUUUCUAUGAAGAGCGGGUUUAUCCUUUCCAUGCUGGGGAACACGCAAGACGAAAUGGGCAGUGGAUAUUUGGCAGUUGAGUUUGGCAGCAGGACAUGCAAUGGGUUAAAACCUGGUGGCGAGUGGCACUUGGUUGCAUAACACACUUGGGUCAAAUAUGUGUUACAACAUCAAGAUCAGCUUCAAUAAGGAUCGUCUGGGUCCCUUUUCGUCUAGGCUCUUACAUCUCGUCAAAAAUCCCUGUGCCCCUGAAUUUAUUCCUGUGAGGGAAAACAGGGUUGGCCUGUCACAAUGCUUGGGAGGUCUCCACGGCCGACUGAUACGAAACGACUUAAGAACUUCUUUUCUUCUAACAGACUGCCAAAAUAAUAAUAAUAAAAUAAAAAGUGUUUGGUUUUCUACAGUUCUUUGUAGAAUGGAAAAGCAGCUCUUUAUGAUUUGAUGAUCCUGAGCGACACUCGCGUUAGCUAGUCAAAGGCUUUGCAUAGAGAGAUGGAUCUCUCUGUGCUUGUUGUACAUACAGUAUACUCGCCAUGUUGUUGUAAGGUUUUAUUUUCUAUGUAAGCUAUUAUAAAGAGUU